CUAAUAAACAUGCAAACACUAUUAAAAUUAUUUACAAAACCUCGAAUUCCAAUAAUUCGCUUAAGUGGAGUCAUUAAAUAAUAGUCUGGAGAUAAAAUAUAAGAUUAAUUGGAUAAAAUCAAAUCUAAAAAUUUAUGUGCUUUAGCUAUCUUAAUUAAUUCUCCAGGAGGUUUACCAGUUUAAAGUGACAUUAUUUGUCAAAAAUUAAACUUAUUCAAAUAAAAGCAUAACAUACCUAUUUAUACAUUUGCUGAAGAUGUAGCUGCAUCUGGAGGCUAUUUUGUACUUUGUAUUGGUGAUAAAGUAUUUGCAGAUCAAAGUUCAUUAAUUGGAAGUGUUGGAGUGAUUAGUUAAUGGUAUGGAAUUAAAAAAGCAUUAGAAAAAUUAGGAAUUGAAGCAAAAUUCUUAACUUCCAAUGAUUAAAUACAUGAAGUAGUAAACAGUGCAUUUUCAGAUUUUAAUUAAGAAGGUGCUACUUAAUGGGUAGAUAAAUUGGAAUUUACACAUUAAAUGUUUAUUAAUCAUGUUAAAUCUUACAGAAAGAAUAUAGUUGAUUAAAAUGUAUUUAAGGCUGAAGUUUAUAAUGGAGAAUAAGCAAAAUAAUUAGGAUUAAUAGAUGAUUUUGGUAAUUAUGAAGAAAUACUUAAUAAACUACAUCCAGGAUGUAAAUUUGAAUAUGUCUCAUUUCCAACAAAAAUGGAAGAACUUAAAUAAUUAAAUAAAGCUUGA